AUGAUCCGGAGCUCGCUCGGGACGCCCCGGCGGCUGUCGCUGCGGUUCCUCCGCGAGGAGCGCGGCCGGCUCGAGCUGUGGCGCAACCGCGUGCGCAGCGCGCACCGCGAGGCGUGGCGGUCGGGCAGCGCGGCCGUGCUGCCGCCGGGCGUGCCGCCGCCGCUGCAGGUCGGGCAGCGCGUGCUGGCGCUGCACCCGCGCACGCAGCAGGUCCACGACGGGUCGAUCUUGACGCGCGGGCAGAACGAGUUCCGCGUCCAGUUCGACAUCGAGGAGCUCGGGACGGAGAAGGUGCGCGACGUGGACAUCGUCCCGUGGGACCCCGUGGAGGGGGUCCCGCUGGGGCUGACGGUGCCGGGGGCGCUCACGACGCCGGCGGUGGAGGCGGCGCAGGAGGGGGGCGCGACGGCGGCGCGCGGGGCGACGCGGCAGCUGGACUUCUCGCACGGGGGGGGUGUGGCGGAGGUGGACGCGGGGGUGUCGGUGGCGGGGCUGCGCGCGAAGGAGGCGGUGCGGGCGGCGCGGGAGGAGGCGCGGCAGCGGCUGCGGAAGGGCGCGGUGAAGGAGAAGGGCGCCGGGGGCGCGGGCGCGGGCGCGGCGUCCGAGGCGGCGAUGGCGGUGGGCGGGGAGGCGCUGGCGCUGGUCGUGGCGGUGAAGCGGUGCCUGUCGGACCCGGACGCGCUGGCGCUGUCGACGCACGUCCUCGAGCAGGCCAUGCUGGAGAUCAGCAGGGCGUGCACGGGCGCGCAGGUGACGGGCCCGGUGCAGGAGAUUGCGGGCCUGGUGUCGGAGCUGAAGCGGCUCAUGGCGGGCUGA